CCCGGAGGAGAAGGUAACCAGCCAUUUUGGUCUGAAGGGGGCCCUGGCUGCCUGUCACCACGUGAGGAAGAAGAGCCCGAAAGAGAGCGAGACAAGUCCGGGAGCUUUGAGUCGAAGAGACCGAGGGGGGAGAGAGUGGAAACUUAUAUCACGAUUCAUGUGUGAAGCUAUACAAUAAUAGCCAGUUUACAGAAUGCCCACAAUCACCCUACCGCCGAAGGAGAAUGCUCUCUUCAAGAGAAUAUUGAGAUGUUACGAGCACAAGCAGUACAGAAAUGGACUCAAGUUCUGCAAACAGAUCCUCACCAACCCAAAGUUUGCAGAGCAUGGAGAGACCCUGGCGAUGAAGGGGCUGACCCUGAACUGUCUGGGGAAAAAGGAGGAGGCGUACGAGCUGGUGAGGAGGGGCCUACGCAACGACCUCAAGAGUCACGUCUGCUGGCACGUGUACGGGCUGCUGCAGAGGUCUGACAAAAAGUACGAUGAGGCCAUCAAGUGCUACCGCAACGCUCUGAAGUGGGACAAGGACAACCUGCAGAUCCUCCGGGACCUGUCCCUCCUGCAGAUUCAGAUGAGGGACCUGGAGGGGUACCGGGAGACACGUUACCAGCUCUUGCAGCUGCGCCCUGCCCAGAGGGCCUCGUGGAUCGGCUACGCCGUAGCCUACCACCUGCUGGAAGACUUUGAGAUGGCUGCCAAGAUUGUAGAGGAGUUUCGCAAAACACAACAGACGUCUCCGGACAAGGUGGACUAUGAGUACAGCGAGCUGCUGCUCUACCAGAACCAGGUGCUCCGGGAGGCGGGCUUGUUCAAGGAAGCACUGGAACACCUCACCACCUACGAGAAACAGAUCUGUGACAAGCUGGCAGUGGAGGAGACCCGAGGAGAGCUGAUGCUGCAGCUGGACCGGCCAGAGGAGGCCCUGGAGGUCUACAGGAGACUCCAGGAGAGGAACCCUGAAAACUGGGCCUACUACCAGGGUCUGGAGAAGGCACUGAAACCAGGGACUGUUGAGGAGAGGCAGAAGAUUUAUGAGGAAGUGUGGGUGAAGUUCCCCAAAGGACUGGUGCCCAGAAGGCUUCCUCUCACCUUCCUCACUGGUGAAAAAUUCUGCGAAUGUUUGGACUGCUACCUGAGGAUGAACUUCAGUAAAGGCUGCCCGCCAGUCUUCACCACUCUCAAGUCUCUCUAUAGCGACAAGGAGAAGGUGUCAAUUAUAGAAGAUUUAGUAGUGGGAUACGCAACUUGCCUAAAAAGCUGUCGAAUGUUUAGUCAAAAUGAUGAUGGGAAAGAGGAACCUCCCACCACACUUCUGUGGGUGCAGUACUUCCUGGCUCAGCACUUUGACCACGUUGGCCAACAGGCCUUAGCCCUGGACUACAUCAACACAGCCAUCGAGAGCACACCAACGCUCAUAGAACUGUUCCUCAUCAAAGCCAAGAUUUACAAGCAUGCAGGGAACAUCAAGGAGGCAGCCAGGUGGAUGGACGAGGCCCAGGCCCUGGACACGGCCGACCGCUUCAUCAACUCCAAGUGUGCCAAGUACAUGCUGAAGGCUGGCCUGGUCAAGGAGGCAGAGGAGAUGUGCUCCAAGUUCACACGGGAGGGAACGUCGGCGGUGGAGAACCUGAACGAGAUGCAGUGCAUGUGGUUCCAGACCGAGUGUGCCCUGGCCUACAAGUCCAUGAACAAGUUUGGGGAGGCGCUCAAGAAGUGCCACGAGAUCGAAAGGCAUUUUGUGGAGAUCACGGACGACCAGUUUGACUUCCACACUUACUGCAUGAGGAAGAUGACGCUGCGCUCCUACGUGGACCUGCUCAAGCUGGAGGACGUGCUGCGCAUGCAUCCCUUCUACUACAAGGCAGCGCGCACCGCCAUCCACAUCUAUCUGGGCCUGCACGACAACCCCCUGGCCGACGACAACAAGGAGCACCAGGCCGACGCCGAGAACCUGACGGACAAGGAGCUGAAGAAGCUGAGGAACAAGCAGAGGCGGGCGCAGAAGAAGGCACAGCUGGAGGAGGAGAAGAAGAACGCCGAGAAGGAGAAGCAGCUGAAGAACCAGAAGAAGAAGAAGGAGGACGAUGACGAGGAGAUCGGAGGGCCCAAGGAGGAGCUCAUACCCGACAAGCUGGCCAAGGUGGAGAGUCCUCUGGAGGAGGCAGUGAAGUUCCUGACCCCUCUGAAGAACCUGGUGAAGAACAAGAUCGAGACGCACCUACUGGCGUUCGAGAUCUACUUCAGAAAAGAGAAGUACCUGUUAAUGCUACAGUCGGUGAAGCGGGCUUUCUCCAUGGAGCCCUCCAACCCCUGGCUCCACCAGUGUCUAGUACGCUUCUUCAAAGGAGUGUCUGACAGCCAGGACCUUCCGGAAGCUGUGAGGACGGUACUGAAGCAGGAGAUCUCCCGGCUGUUUGGAGAGAGCGACCCCAAGAGCUUCAACAAGAACUACCUGAGCAAACACUCCAACUCUGUACCGCACCGCUUAGCUGCUGCUAAGAUGAUGUUCUACCUGGACUCCUCGUCCGACAAGAUGGCGUGCGAGCUGGCUACGGCGCUGGACGAGUCCUUGACUGGGAGGAGCAUCCAGAUCUGUACGGAGGCUCUGCAGGCGUUGCGUGAGGGCAGUCUGGGGGAGGGCCAGCAGAAGGCCACCGAGUCGUACCGCGCCGCCUGCAACAAGCUGUACCCCUAUACGCUGGCGUUCAUGCCCCCGGGUUACGAGGACAGCACCACAAUCAGCGCCAACGGGGACCUGUCAGCUGGUGAGCACGACGAGAUGGCUAACGACAUGUGAGGAGGAGGAGGAGGAAGAGCGCGCGCACACACGCCUCCAGCCGCUAGUCUGCCAACGACACCCUCCCAACUCCCCAUCCCCCAGCUUCGGCUGUCUGUGAUUUUCCCCCUCCCCCCCACCCCCUGCAGUGCACUGAUUUGGAUGGACAGAGAGCCACAGAGAGAAAGGGAAGGAUAGAGAGAUGUGGAAGAGGAGAGGAAACAUAAAGCCCAUUUUACUUUCUUUUUUUUAACCCCCCGGUGACAACUAUUCUUUAAAACAACAAACAACAACAAAAGGAAAUAAAAACGUACAGAGAAGAGGGAGGACGUGGAGGGCAGAAAGCGGGUUGGGUGGAAAGCUUCUGUGAACAGGGUUUCUGUUUCCUGUGAUUCCACCCCAUGUUCCUCUGUGCAUCUGCUUCUUCUCACGUUUUUAAAAAGGUAAUUUAUAUAUUAAAACCACAAAUAAAGAAAUAAAAAUGUUUGAAAACUGAGAUAUUGUAGUAGUGCUGGGGACUGUGUUCAUAUGUAGUGUUGAGGCUGGCAUGUGCCAAAUAUAAGAAGGUGGAACACUUGAGGAGGCAUCACUUGUUCCUGGGGAAGCAUUGAGGCGUUGCACUCGGUUACAAUCGUCCGAGCUCAUGUAGUCCUCUACUCAGCCACUAGGGUGUCCAAUGGCAGACAUCUAAACAUGAACUCCAGGUGGAAGGGGCCAGGACACAUCCGGUCUCAGUGCAAAGACACACACAGAGCUCAGAAGUCCAUCUGCUGAAGUAAAGCUUUAUGACUGACAAAUCCAUUUUUAUUUCCUUCUAUUCUCUUUGUAUUUCUGCAGUUUUACCCUUUGUGAAAAAUGUGUGGGUCCCAUUAAAACAACCACUUAUAAAAGAUAAUCACUCGUCACAACAGCAUCCUACAGUUAUCUGGCUUUUAUUUCAGGGGUUUGCUUCUGUUUGUCCAUCAUAAGGUGUAAAUGUGAUGGCAUCUGUUACCACUCAGUCUCAUUGUUUUACUUUUCAUUUAGGUAAACAAGGCACUUGUCAAUCACAUUGAAGUCUUUACACAGACCACUCCUCUCUAACAUCAAGGAGUUAUGAAUUAAACUGAGUUGAAUAAAAUAUCUCUUGUGA